AAAAGGCAACUGGUUAAAGUAGGUUGGAGAACAUUUCAUAUAACCAUUUCAAAAGGAUGGGGGAGUUGUCUGUUUUCCAGGGGAGGUGGUGGAUUUUUAGCUUUGCCUCUGUUCCCAUUACGGAUAUCCCAUUUGCAUUCUGAUAUUUGAAAAGUACAAAGAGAAUGGUCCUGUCCACCUUCAUUACUUCACCUUUCUAAUACGAUCCCUCCAUCUGUACUCCCAUUCUCUCAGGUAAAAUUAGGCAACUACAUUGGCACCCAUCCAGUGAAUAGUGGCAAGUGGGAAGAAUGGCAAAGGACAAUGCUACAGCAGUACUUGAGUUUCUCCUUAUUGGAAUCGCCAACUAUCCGGAGUGGAGAGUCACAUUUUUCACACUGGUGCUGAUAACUUACCUCAGCACAUUAUUGGGGAAUGGACUUAUCAUCUUUCUUAUCUAUAUGGACCCUCAUCUCCACACUCCAAUGUACUUCUUCCUUAGUAACCUGUCUUUCUUAGACCUUUGCUAUGGAACAGUCUCUCUGCCCCAGGUCUUGGUGCAUUGCUUCUCUACCCGUCCCUACCUCUCCUACCCACGAUGUUUGACCCAAAUUAGUGUCUCCUUGGUCUUGGGUACAGCAGAAUGCCUCCUACUGGCUGUCAUGGCCUAUGACCGUGUGGUUGCUAUCAGCCAUCCCCUGCGCUAUGCAGUUGUUAUGAGUGGCCCAGUGUGUGUGUGGCUGGCGGCUGCCUCCUGGGGGUCAUCACUUGUGCUCAGUGCCAUGCUCCUCUUAUCCCUGCAACUUCACUUCUGUGGGGCUAAUGUCAUCAACCAUUUUGUCUGUGAGAUUCUCUCCCUCCUUAAACUAGCCUGUUCUGACACUAGCCUUCAUGAGCUUAUGAUCCUCAUCGCAGGUAUUUUCACCCUGCUCCUACCCUUCGGGUUUGUUCUCCUCUCCUAUGUCCGAAUUGCCGUGGCUGUUCUAAGGAUUCGUUCAGUCCAAGGUAGGCUCAAGGCCUUUUCUACAUGUGGUUCUCAUUUGACCGUGGUGACAAUCUUCUAUGGGGCAGCCAUUUCCACGUAUAUGAAACCACAGUCCAAGUUAUCUCCUGACAGGGACAAGUUUAUCUCGGUGUUUUAUGGGGCUCUGACACCCAUGUUGAACCCCCUAAUAUAUAGCCUCAGGAAUAAGGAUGUUAAAGGGGCAAUGAGGAAAGUUAUGGCCAAAAAGGCAUAAGUGUUCUUUGCUUCUAAACUUAGAAAAAUAACAUUCAGUGACAUCUUCACCAAUAGCAAAAAUUGUUUAAAAGUUCUGACUUGGGAGUUCCCAUUGUGGCUCCGACUCCAGUAAUGAAUCCAACUAGUAUCCAUGAGGAUGCGGGUUCCAUCCCUG